AGAUCUUUUCCUCUAAUGGAUGACAUUUGGGGCUUUCCAGGCAUUGCAGUAAUUCAUGGAGAACAGAAAACCAAUGAAGAUGAACAAGCAGAUGGUCGAAAUUCCCCUCCUUUAGUUGAGCAUUCACGAAUAAUGGAUGUGGGUGUUGGUGUUCCUGCUCUUGCAGCAAAAGAAAAACCUCCAAUUAAUGUUGUUGGAGAUGUAGGAGGUCGUAUUGCUAUUAUGGUGGAUGACAUGAUAGAUGAUGUUGCUUCAUUUGUGGCUGCUGCAGAAGUGCUUAAAGACCGUGGUGCAUACAAAAUAUAUGUCAUGGCAACACAUGGUCUUUUGUCCUCAGAUGCUCCACGUCUUAUAGAUGAUUCGCCUAUAGAUGAGGUUGUUGUCACAAACACAGUUCCUCAUGAAAUCCAGAAGAUGCAGUGCCAUAAGAUCAAGACCGUAGACAUCAGCAUACUCCUGGCAGAGUCCAUUCGCAGAAUCCACAACAAUGAGAGCAUGAGCUACCUCUUCCGCAAUGUAACGCUGGAAGAUUAAGACCUCUUUGUUAACAUUACCGUGGAUUCAAGAUCAUAUGUAUGGGUGGCAUAACCAUUUUUAUGUGACUACAAUGCUACAUGAAGUGAAAAUUAGAAAUAAAAGUUGAUAUUUUCUGUCAUGUAGUCCCUUUAACUUGCUAUAUAAAGAAAGAAAUGAGUGUCUAUGUGAUACCUUUAUUUUUUCACAAAAUUAGUCUUAUAUGAAUUUUUUUUAAUGUUUCUCAGAUAGAGUAUAAGUAGUGAUGGAAUAAUGUUAGUAUGUAAUAAUGUAUUGCUAGUAGGAGACUGGUAUAUCUUGAUGAUGAUAAUGCAGAAGAGAAUAUGAUAUAUAUAAAUAUAUAUAUAUAUAUAAGUAUAUGAUGUCAGUAAAUGUUUAACUAAUGAAUAAUGAACAAUUUCAUGAAAACAUUUCAUUUUACAUAUUGAAUAUUGAAGAAUUUCCUAAUGAUAGUGUAAUUCCAUGAAAUUGUAAUUCUAAGAAAUCUAAUAAAACUUUUUUAACCUUCUUCAUGGUCUUAUAUUGGCCUCAUAUUAAUUGUAGAUUAUGAUUUGCCCGCUGUUAAUGCUUGUUGUAUAAAUUAAUAAACUAUCAGUUUUUAAAUUUAUUUUAGUUUUAUAUAAAGAAUCUUUCAUUUGGCUAUAGAGAUAGUUUUUAAAAAUAUGUGGUGUGAAGAAUCUUUCUUUAAAUUGUUCUUCAUCAUUCUGUUGUAUAAAAUAUUAAUACUGAACUUUGAAAA